CCCAAAAACUUGGAAACGUUCGAAUCGAAGUUAUUACGGGGUCUCUCGCUUUCUUUCUCUCUGAAAUUCAUUAGAGGGAGCCCUCAUCUGCCGCGUCGAAGGGAACCCACUCGUAUUUGUGGAAUACUACGUCUUUUGCCUCUUGUGAUCUUCUUCUUCCCGUUCUUGAUUAGUUGAAUGCUCCCGUCCCUCAUCCUCAUCUUUUGUCCCAAUGACAUUCUUUAAAUUGGGCUAUUAAUUUGAACAUAAGGUUCCAAACUUCUUUUCUAAUCCCUGAGGCUUAUAGUGUUAUCACUUCUUCAUCUUCUACUCUAACAGCCUAGAAAGAAGAUAAUAGAAGUCAUGUUCCAGAAGCAGUUUUCCCGUCCUUCUUCCUUCAAAGGCUCCCUCAAGGCCCUUGAAGCGGACAUCCAGCAUGCCAACUCCUUGGCUCAUGCUGUUCAGAGAGCUUAUGGCGGUGCUUGCCUGCAGAUGAAACUGUCUUAUGGUCCUUUAGCUCCGGUCUUCGUCUUUCUUCUGCAGUGGAUGGACUGUGUCCCGACUUAUGUGCUUCCUAAUUAUCUAGGGCUCCUUCAAAUACUUGUAUAUAAGGUAUAUGUUGAUGGAAAAUCGUCAAUAUCUGCUUACGAACGGAGAGCCAGUAUUAGAGAAUUCUAUGGUAUCAUUUAUCCUUCUCUUCAACAACUUGAAAGCAACCUGUUGGAGAAGGAAGAGUCCUUUGACAGAUUUAGAAGCAAGGAGAUUGUUGGAAGAAAGAGAGCAGAAGAAUUGAGGAAGAUUUCAGAUAAGGAUUUGGAGAGGGAUGACGAGUGUGGUAUCUGCAUGGAAAUCUGCACCAAGAUGGUUCUUCCUAGUUGCAAUCAUGCAAUGUGUAUUAACUGCUACCAUGACUGGAACAGAAGGUCACAGUCCUGCCCAUUUUGCAGGGGAAGUCUCAAAAGAGUUCGUUCAAGAGACCUAUGGGUGCUAACAAGCAGUUGUGAUGUGAUCGAUACAGCAACUUUAGGGAAAGAGAAUGUAAAGCACUUCUAUAGCUUUAUAGAUAGCUUGCCUCUCAACGUUCCAGACACGCUUUUCUUGGUCUAUUAUGAUUACUUGUUCUAGUCUUUAGAUACAAAGGAAAGCGCAAUCUGUAGAUAAGUGGAGAGUGGAAUACAAACAGCAACAAAGCCAUCCAUCUCUUUUUGAUCGAGUUUGGCUAGAGAGAAACCUCUUUCAUAAUUCUAAAAUCCUCCUAAUAUAGUUGUUUAAGAAGUUUGUAAAUUACUGCUUUUCUGAACAGUUGUAAAUAAAAUUCUUAGUUAUUGAAUGGAAAUUUGAGAAUUCUAUUCUGGCUUCAA